AGCGCGAUCUUCUUUUGACGGAUAUGAUGGCCAGACAAGUUGUAUCAUGUCAAGUAAAAAAUUUAAGAAAUGUAGUUUCGAAUUGAAUUAUUAAUCGACAUUAUGGAAGAAACUAGUGCCGCGGAGAGUUCAUCAAGCAAGUCUGAUAUCCGUUUAAGUGACUGCAUAUGCCCAAUAUGCAUGAGCAUUCUUCUCGAACCAGUGACAAUGCCUUGUGCUCACGAACUUUGUAGGCCUUGUUUUCGGGAUACAGUGGAGCAGGUCAAUUUUACCUGCCCACUCUGUCGGUUGCGCAUCAGUAAUUGGGCAAGAAAACAGACUAGGGUAAACAAAUUGAUAAACUGGACCAGAUGGAAAGAAAUACAGACAGCUUUCCCCGACCUUUGUAGAAAAAGGCUCGAGGGUGAAGAUGACACCGAUGUCUUACAACCAGUAAAUCCUAUCCGUAUCUGUCAACCAGGGGAAGUUCGGAAAGAAUAUGAACAGCAGAUGAGAGCGCUUCAAAAACAAAGGGAAGAGGAAGAAAAGAUAGAAAAGGACAAAAGCCAAAGAGUUAUCAAAGAGAUACAAGAAGAGGAGCUUCAACAGUAUGAAGAAAGAAGGCAAGAAGAAGAGAGAUUGAUGGCCCUUGAUGAGCAGCUGGCGAGAAAGUUAGCUGGCAGUGCAGAGCCUCAAUUGCAUGUGAUUGGAAAUCUAGCUGAUGAGCAAGCAAGACUAGAUGAACAACUAGCGAGGUCUCUUCAAGAGGACCAAGAUCCACCGGGCAUAUCAAACCAAACACAAAGGGAUGAAGAGUUUGCCAGGAGACUUCAGGAAGAGCUUGAAAAGACUUCAAUAAACAGCAAAAUCUCCAGUAAGUGUUCAACCCCACGAUCCAAAAACACCACCAAAAUUCCAGCUGCAAACAUCGAAAGAUUUUUCACAAAAAUGCAGCCUGGAGAAAGUUCUCAGAAUCUCUCAUGCAACAGCUCUGGAAGUUCUUCAAAAGAUGAUGUUUUACCUUCUUUUGCAACAUUUGACAAAGGCCUCAGCCAUUCGAUGAAUGUCCAUAUAAGGAGCUCACCAGAAAACAGCUGUAGUAGAUCAAGCAUGGAUUCCAACAGUGAAACGCCAACAUUUCUUGGUCCAUCAACUUCAAAAGUCAUUGGAAAAGCUGAUGUAUCUUUGAUAUGUAUGGAGGAUUACAAGGAUGAACCUAUAGAAUUUGAUGAAAACUCAAACACAGAAAAGUCUUUCAAUGAUGAUAACAUGGUGGAGUCUGGUAAUGAAGAGGAAAAAAGUGAUCUCUGUUUAAUGGAGCCUAGUUUUUCAGCUACUCAGUUUGAUGAAUGUUCAUUGCUUAGAACAAAAGAUUUAACACCCAGCCCUAUAACAGUUUUAAAGCUGUCACCCCCAACUGAUGUUGAAGACGAUGAAACUAGAAGCAACCAGGAAGAAGUAGUGCUGAAAACUGGUGGCGCUUUCUCACCAAUAUUAAAAACUCCACCUACAGGUGUUAAAAGAAUUAAUGCAUUUAGAUCAGAUAGUGUUGGUAGUACAGAUAGCAUAUCUCAUGAGUUGAGUCAUUUCCGACCAAUUGCGAUCUCCCCACGUACAGCUGCAAGAAAACUUGCUGAUGGAAAGCCAGCUUCACCUGCACUUAUACAUAGCACACCAACAAAUUUACGGAAGGCUUUAGAGACAGGUGAGAGUGACGUGCUUCAGAAGAGCCCUUUAUUAAUGGCUAAGUGGUUAAGUUUGGCACAGGAACGGGAGAAAAAAGUCUUAGUAGGUUCCAAAUGUGUCAUGGCUGGCAAAAGUGUAAUCCAAGAACAAGACCAGAAGAAAUCAUUCGUCAGUAAACCAUCACAUUUGAAUUCAAAUAAACUUAUGUUAUAUUCAAAAAAUGAUGCUGGGAAUAUUGCAGAUAAAAAUUCAUUAAGAAUGUGUCAGAGACCUAUAAAUGUAAAUUCAACUGAUAAAGUUGAAACACAGGGUUCUGGUGACAUCUCCAAAAAGCAGUCACCUAAUUGGCUUUCUCGUGAAAGUCCGGUUGCUGCUACAACAGCAACUGGAAAUAUAGACAAUACAUUUGAUAAUCACAAGACAGAAUGCAUUAGCGUUCAAACGGCAGAUACUGUUAAGCGUAGCCCAGGAAAAGUUUAUCACAUGAAAGACAGAACACCUUCCCACUCCAGAAGGAAAAACUUGACAAAAAUUUUAACUUCUUCGUUUGAAGACACAAACGUUUCUACAUCCAAAUGUCCCUCGAAAGAGGCGAGAAUUGAUAAAAGUAUUUUGAGCAAAAUUGUAAAACAGAAAGAGGACAAACAUAGGAAGAUGGAAGAAGUAAAGACUGAUGACACAAAUUUUAAUAAAUAUAUGAAUCCUUUGGAUGGAAAAGAAAUUAUUGCAGAUGAAAAAUAUAUUGAUUUGAAGAAGGAACAGGAUUCAGAGCUUAAGUGUAACCAUGAGAUUAGGUGUAAUGAUGAGAUUAAGUGUUGUAAUUUAAGUAAGGGCAAUGAUUCAAUUAAAGACAAGAAUGGAUGUAGUCAGUAUGAACAACAAUUGGACGAAAAGGUUGGAAAUAAUUAUAAAAAACAUAAAGAUCAAACACAUGGGGCUCAUUCAGAGGAGAAAAGCAUAAAGAAAAAGAACAAAACAGCCGAAAAUCAAGGUCGGAAGCAGCAAAAUUAUAAAAAUUGUAGAACUAUUGAAGACAUGUUUGCCAAAUUUCAAAAGCAACUUGGAACUGAUGACUUUAAAUCAGGUGAGAAUGAUGUUCAUUCAGUCAAAACCAGCUCAGUAGCAAACUCAAGUGAAAGGAAAAUUGAUGAAGAGUUCAGUGAUAAUGAGAGAAUACCAAGGUUUACAAAGUCACCAAAAUCACCAGUUCAAGACCAUCAGAUCUUGAUUUUGAAUCAAACAUUAUCAUUUAAACAAAAAACUGAUUCAGGCAAAUUGACUGAUAUAACAAAACCAUCUAUUCAUCAAAGAGUUGGCAACAAAAGGAAAUCUGAAGAAACACCAGAUGGGAAAAACAAGUUCAAAUUCAGGCAAGUUUCAUAUUCGUCUCCAAGGAAAGCUCAACGUUUAGGAUUUUCAGCUUCUCCAAAGAAGGCUAAAUCAAAAUGCUCGAAGGGGAAUACUCAUACAAGAAAUGAUUCUGAACCGUUAAGUCCUGGUACUUUAAAGCACAAUCGAUUCUUGAAGCUACAAACUAAAGAGGAAAGGAGACUUGAGCAAGAGGAGCUCGAUCGGCAGGUGGCUUUAAAGCUGCAACGACAGCUCGAUCGCGAAAUUAAAGCUGAAUUGAACAACGUAAGUAGAGCACGUGGAAGUGAAUCAGAGUAUCAACUAAGAAGUCGUAAGCCAGCUUAUAAAACUGUUUUAUGAAAUUUACCAUGAACUCAUUAUGCCUUGAAUAACUGUAAACUUAAUGGUUCUUGAUAUUUCAUUUUUUAUCAUCACAGAUAUAAUCCCUGAUGUUUUCCUUACAAAUUUUAUCAUUUUGCUUGUUCUGUUUUGUUAUAUUUUCGUUUUUUUACACAUGUUUAUGCUAGAAAAAAAAUGGCACUAUUUCAUAUCAGUUCACAACCAUACUAUUUCAUCAUGUUUAUGCUGAAUAUUUAUAUGUUUCUGCAGUGCAUCACAGGUGAGCAAACUGCUACCUGCGAGCUACAUGAAGCCUGACAGUGAUUUUGUUGCUGCCUGUGUCUGCAGCACAGUUUGCCAAGUUUAUUUUAACUCUUUUUGUAUUGUAUUACCACAAGAUGGUCUUUGUUGAGUUUACGUCUUUAUGUAUAUGUAUAU